UCAUUUAUAUUCUUCGUGAUGGUGGUUCCUUCUCAUAGAUCGAUAAACUUAGGUUAGGUUAAAUCUUCUCAAAUAAUAGAUAUCAUGUCACCAAUUGAUGAUGAUAUGAUUCUUUUCGAUUUCGAUGUUGAUCUAUCUUUCUUCUCUAAUGAUGUCCCCGUAGAACCUCCGAGUUGUUCUCCAGAAUCAGGUGGAUCCUGGUCCAUGGAAGAACUCGAGCAUUUGUUGAUGGAUGACGGAAACUUUGGUGAUCACGAUUCUGAUAUCUCCUAUGAUUUCUUAUCGGAUAUCCUCCUAGACGCGCCGGCAGAGUCUGAUCGCUCCGCCGGUGUAGUUGAAGAGUUGCCGGGGAAUAUAUCGUCGAACUCCGAGGCGGAGUUGCAGGAAGAUGACAAGGAUGAGGAGAAUAGGUUGCACCAGCAACAACAGACAGUUGAUGUUCCCCUAGAAGAAAAUGUGGAUAGCGGUGGUGGUGAUCCUAUCUGCAAGAAACGCAACAGACAAUUGAGGAAUCGGGACGCUGCCAUGAGAUCUAGAGAAAGAAGGAAAUCGUAUGUGAAAGAUUUAGAGAUUAAGAGCCGGUAUUUUGAGGGAGAGUGCAGGCGCCUAGGGAUGUUGUUUCACUCCUGUAUGGCUGAAAAUCAAGCUUUGCGUCUCUCCCUUCAGAAUGCCAAGGUUGCUGAUGCUUCCAGGAACUAUAAGCAGGAGUCUGCCGUGCUCUUGUUGGAAUCCCUGCUGUUGGGUUCCCUGCUUUGGUUCCUGGGCAUCUACUGCCUGCUCAUUCCAUCCAGACUUCCCAAGUUGUAUCUGGAAGCAAUCCAUCUUCUUCCAGAAAACGAGGGCAAACAAAAACAGGAAAGUCUGGGUCCAAGAAAGCCAAGAAGUGAGGGAUUUGACCCUCAUUUCUCUCUGUUUUGCUAUAUGUCUAAGAGAUGCAAAGCUUCAAGGUGGAGGAUGAAACAGAGUAUGGCUGCAUCAGCAACUAUGAUACUCUAAGGUGUUAAGACUGAACAGAAACUACCUUUGUUUUGGAGCUUUUGGAUUUUGUGACUAUUUCCUUACAAUUUUCUUUGAAUCAUGAACCUGACUUUUCUCAGUUUAAAGUCUCUUUUGAAUUUCUGUUGCUUGGUCUUCAUGUUCACAUAUUUGUUGUAGCAUCAGAGGCAGGAAAGUAGAA